AUGUUACGUCCACAAAUGAGAAUAUCCUGGGUUCCAUGUUUAACAAUCCUUCAGCGGCAGACAACACACUGUGCUCCACGGUCUUGUGAACAACUCAGUUUAUGUAGACAUUCGACACACAUUUGUCGAUGGCUUCCAAAGAGGUGCUACAGACAGAGAACAGGAUCAGAAGCAACAAGAACUUGUGAUUUUGAAGUUGUUGUUGUUGGUGGUGGCCAUGCGGGGGCUGAGGCAGCUUGUGCUGCAGCCAGAAUGGGAGCAAAAACUGUGCUUGUCACUCAUAAAUUGAGCACCAUCGGUGAAAUGUCCUGCAAUCCCUCCUUCGGGGGCAUAGGUAAAGGACACCUCAUGAGGGAGGUGGACGCUAUGGGUGGUGUCUGCGGGAGGAUUUGUGAUAAGUCUGGUAUACAGUAUAAAGUUCUCAACAGGAGGAAGGGUCCAGCUGUUUGGGGUCUGAGAGCACAGAUCGACCGAGACUUGUAUAAAGGACACAUGCAGGCAGAAAUUAUGUCCACACCAAACUUGACCGUCAAAGCUGCAGCGGUGGAAGAUCUCAUCCUGGAAGAGAGCAGUUCCCACAAUGGCUGUGCUGUCAAGUGUAAGGGUGUUGUAUUAGACUCUGGGGAAAUACUGUCUUCAAAUGCUGUAGUUUUAACAACAGGGACCUUCCUGCGAGGCUCCAUAAACAUUGGGUUAACAACCCGACCUGCGGGAAGGAUAGGGGAUGAGCCGGCAAUCGGUUUGGCCAAAACUGUGGAGAAAGCUGGCUUUGCCAUGGGCAGACUCAAGACAGGUACACCUCCAAGGCUGGAUGCUCGUACUAUAGACUUCAGUCGCACAGAGCCAAAGUUUGGAGAUGCCUGCCCAGUGCCAUUUUCAUUCAUGAAUGAUUCUGUGUGGAUAAAGCCUGAAGAUCAGUUACCAUGUCACAUGACGCGAACAACAGACCAGGUGGCCAAAAUCAUCCAAGACACGCUGCACCUGAACCGACAUGUACAGGAAGAAAUUCGUGGACCCAGAUAUUGCCCUUCUAUUGAGUCCAAGAUUCUGAGAUUUAAAGGAAGGACUCAUCAGAUCUGGUUAGAACCUGAAGGGCUGGAGAGCUCAGUGAUCUACCCCCAAGGGAUGUCUUGUACCAUGCCUGAGGAACACCAGCUGGCAAUGAUGAGGUGUAUCCCAGGGCUGGAGAACUGUCAGCUGCUCAGACCAGGCUACGGUGUGGAAUACGACUAUAUGGACCCACGACAACUUAAGCCCACGCUGGAGACGCUGCUCAUCUCCGACCUGUUCUUUGCUGGACAGAUCAAUGGGACCACCGGCUACGAGGAGGCUGCUGCACAG